CGGCGGCGGCGGCGGCGACGCGGAGCCGCGGGGCCGCGGGGCCGCGGCAAUGCGGCGCUACUUGCGCGUCUUGAUCCUGUGUCUGGCCUGCGGCUUCUGCUCGCUUCUCUACGCCAUCAGCCAGCUCGCUGUGUCCCUGGAGGAAGGCGCGGCCGGCGGGGGCGGGAAGCCGCAGGCCGCAGUGGCUUCCUGGCUGGCGGCCAGCGGACGCGGCGCCGAGAGAGGCGCGGGCCCCGCGUCAGGCGCCGGGCUCUUGGAUAGGUGUAAAGAUUUCACUCUGUGUUACUGGAAUCCCUAUUGGAUGCUGCCCUCUGAUGUUUGUGGAAUGAACUGCUUUUGGGAAGCUGCAUUUAGGUAUAAUCUGAAAAUACAGCCUAUUGAGAAAAUGCACCUUGCUGUGGUUGCCUGUGGUGAAAGACUGGAAGAAACUAUGACCAUGUUGAAGUCAGCUCUCAUUUUCAGCAUCAAACCUCUUCAGUUCCAUAUUUUUGCUGAAGAUCAACUGCAUGAUAGCUUUAAAGCAAGACUUGACAGCUGGUCAUUUCUACAAACAUUUAAUUAUACAAUAUAUCCCAUUACAUUUCCAAGUGAGAACGCAGCGGAAUGGAAAAAGCUUUUUAAACCAUGUGCCUCCCAGAGAUUAUUCUUGCCAUCAAUCCUGAAAGAAGUUGACUCACUGUUGUAUGUUGACACGGAUAUUCUGUUUUUACGACCUGUUGAUGAUAUUUGGUCUUUACUAAAGAAGUUUAAUUCCACACAAAUUGCUGCAAUGGCACCAGAACAUGAGGAGCCUCGAAUAGGAUGGUACAAUCGUUUUGCCAGACAUCCAUACUAUGGAAAAACUGGAGUGAACUCUGGAGUUAUGUUGAUGAACAUGACACGAAUGAGAAAGAAGUAUUUCAAGAACGACAUGACAACAGUACGGCUACAGUGGGGAGAUAUACUUAUGCCAUUGCUUAAAAAAUACAAACUGAACAUUACAUGGGGUGAUCAAGAUCUGUUAAAUAUCAUGUUUUUUCAUAAUCCAGAAAGCCUUUUCGUUUUUCCAUGUCAGUGGAAUUAUCGACCUGAUCAUUGCAUAUAUGGAAGCAACUGCCGGGAAGCGGAAGAAGAAGGGAUCUUUAUUCUUCAUGGGAACAGAGGUGUCUACCAUGAUGAUAAGCAGCCAGCGUUCAGAGCUGUUUAUGAAGCACUGAGAAAUUGUUCUUUUGAAGAUUACAAUGUCCAUUCCCUGUUAAAGCCUUUAGAACUGGAACUACAAAAGACAGUGCAUACAUACUGUGGGAAAAUUUAUAAAAUAUUUAUCAAGCAACUAACAAAAAGCAUAAGAGACCAUUAUGACAGACCAUCCAAGGAAAGGUGAUUCUUAUGAAUGCUAAAGUAAAUGGAUGAAAACAACAAAAUAUCAGAGGAUAUGUGUGAAGGAAUCAUCUUCCCUGAAGUAUCUGGGGAGGAAUUAUUCAUCUCCAGAAUAAUUUUUUUUCCUGAAGAAGUUAUAAAACCAUUCAUGUGAUGAAGAAUGAGUUAAAAUCCUGGGCUCCAACAAGAAGACAUUUUUGACCUCUGAUGUUUUGUAACACAUUACUUGCUAUCAUUCCAUUAUUGCUGAAAGUAUUAUUCCAAACUUGCAGACUGCGGAGCCCUGCUGGCUUUUACCUGGAGUGAGUAAGAUGGUAGGGUAUGAGAGAGAAGGGGUCCCUCUUACACAGUGGAGACACAAACUGUGAGUAUAGCAAUGAUUUAUGUGUCAGCACUAACCUCACUCUAUACAUGUGAGAAGAAAGCUGUUUACAGGAGCAGAAAGGGUUCUGUUUCUCAAGAAAUGUGACGUGACCAAUGUAAUCUUUGACAAUCUGUAUGUACCUUUAUGCAUUUCAUCUCUGUUCUACAAUAUUUUUGUGACAAUCAUGUUCAAAAUUAUUUUUAGGCUAUAAGCUGUACGUUAAAAACUGAGUUGUAUGAGAAAGUAAAAAUAGUGAAAAUGUUGAGGUUUUUGUGUGCAUGGUGUGUGUGUGCUUGUAUGUGUGAGUGUGCAUGAAGAGGUGAGAGACAAAGAGAAAUGUACUGUUUCCAUUUUGUGUGCAUUAAACUGUUUUGCCAAAUCUCAGUUAUAAGAUAUCUAGAAUUUUUUGAUCACUUUAUGUGAAAAUUUUCAGCUUUACUGGGCAUUCUGGAAGCAAAAUAUAUUAUGUGAUAAUAAAGUGAGAACCUUAAUAGUAAUGCUAGUGUGAUGGUGGAAAAUGCAGUGGACCAAAAUCCAUAAGCUAUAUACUUCCUGUGAUCAGUAAUUUUAGUUACAGCACAAUAGGAAAAAGUGGUCCAUUUAAACUGUUUUACCUCAAAAUGGCUUUGUAGGGUAUUUUUUGAAGGAGCAAAUUUAUAGAUUCAAUUUAAGCAAGUUAAACACCUUUGAUGGGUGAUUUGGAUUAAUAAGAUUGUUAUAUCUGUAGAAAAGUAGUUUUGAUUGGGUUAAUGUGCAUAUCUUCCUUUUUUGAAGAGUGCUAAUGACAGUUAACUUUUUAAUCUUGAAGAUGAGCAAAAUAUUAAUCCUCUUGCCAUUCUUGACCUGCUAUCCACAUAAUAUAAUUACAGCCCUGAGUAUUUAGUAUGUGCUAUACUGGAGCACACAUCUCAUUUUGCUGUGUGCUAUUUGGUUAUCUUCUUUUUUCUCUCUGAUAUUUUAAUGCUUAAAUAGAGAAGGGGACAUCAUGAAGGAAAGAAAAUCACUUGGGAAAAUUGUGGGAUUUAGCUUUGAAAAGAUAGUUUUUGGUGUAACCCUGGAUAUGCAGAAAUUAAGUGGUUGGUACUCUUGUCUCCUGUCUUCUGUAGUUCAGUCAGGGACAGACUGAGAGAGGAAGAGUGGAAAAGCAAAUUAAAAGUUGAUCCCCUCCUCACAAGACCUCCCCAAAAGAGAGCCUGAUAACCAGCCUUGCACUCUUAUGACUGAUCGGCUGAGAGAGCAAGAGCUGUACUUCCUUUGCAGAGUGUGAGAAAUGUGUUCGAGUUCAUCUUGCUGAGGAGGAGGAAGUGAGAAUCUUAAAAUUUCAAGCUUUGGCUGAUAUAUAUAUAUUUCUAAUGGUCCACAAAUGAGACCAUUGCUGUCUGACCCUAGAGGGAGGGAGCUUGUUAAAAACAGCUGUUCUGAACCAUCACCAUUUGGAGACUAAUAUCUUGUGUCUAGGAUGGAGUCUGCAAAAUCUUCUUAAUGAAAAGAUUUAAAGGUUACACAGAAGUAGGGAGCUUAGUAUAAUGGUACUUAUCAUCCAGAUCUCAUGAUACCUAGUAUGUCAAUAUUUGCUUCAUUUAUUCUUUUUUUCUUUGUUGAUUGUGUGUGUGUGUGUGUGUGUGUGUGUGUUUUAACUGGGGCUUGAACCCAGACCAUCACACUGAGCUACAUCUCCAGCCCUCUUUAUUUUUAUUUUUUAUUUUGAGACAGGGUGUCUUAAGUGUUAUUAAGUUGCCUAGGUUGGGCUGAACUUGAAGUCCUCCUGCCUAAACCUCCCAAAGUGCUGGGAUUACAGGCAUGUGCCACCAUGGCCAGCUUGCUGAAAUAUCUUAAAAGAAAGCCCAGGCGACAUUUAAGUCACUGCUUAUGAACGUUUUGGUAACUACAAACACAACAUAUAUAAAAGGAGUAACAGUCCUUUGGUUUCAUCUGCUAACCAGUCCUUAAGCAUGUUUUGCUGAUUGUCUAAAAAAUGCUGUUGUUCAGUUGGUUUGUUAGAACUAGGAUGCAAAUGUAAGUUACAUCCUGUUUUUAAUAAGCACUUCACAUGAGUUUGAUACCCCCUAAUUUGGGAACAAACAAAUUAUUUUGCCAACUUUAAAGUUAGGAUGCCAUAAUUCUUGGCAUAGUUGGUAAACCGUAAAUGUGAUUUUGAAAGUAGAGGAACCAGUUUGGAUUAUUGAUGUUACGAAUUUAUAUUAGUAAAUUCUGUAAGAUUCAGUUUUCUCAGUGAGUGGAGACUCAUGGGCUCUGGUGUGAUUGAUUGAGACAGUGAAGAGUCUGGUUGUAGUUCAAUCAGCUGGAUAUGUCCAUGGCCUCACUUGUGCUGUGGCUUAAGUACUGUUCCGCAGUCAGCUUUGUGGAUCAGUCAGAGACUCUUCAUUUGGCCCCUUCAGACCUAACUUACUUGAGCAUUUUACCAUAAAUGUAUACUUUUUUACCUAAAAUAAAUAGUAUCACAGAAGUGUCGAUAGUAGUUUGAAAAUGAAUUUUAUCUUUAGGCAAAGUAAUUUUUUCUUUGAGAAUUUCCGAGAAACACAGUUCUCAGUGAGGUUAAAUUAUAGACAGACAACUUGGAGAACCUAUUUUUAGAAUAAGUAGUUUUUCAUAAAACAUAAGGUAUCUAUGCAGCUUGUAUAAAUUAUGUAUGUUUUGAGUCUGUGUGUUAGAAUAAGUCUAGCUUCAGAAUUAUCUCUGGGCUACAGUAUUACCAAAGUGGAAAGACUUUAAAAUGUAGUCAUACUUUGUAUUUGUAGUCAUCUUAAGUGAACUUGGAAAACCUCUAGAAAAUAUAUUUUAUAAUUCAUACUUUAAGAACACCCAUACUUUUUUUGUCCUCAUGAAGAGUGAUUCCUCCUGUGUAAGGUAACCAAGCUCUCUGGAUACUUCAGAGCCUGAAAUAGUGUUACUGCUUAUACAUUGCUCUCUCAUCUUACCUCAGUCAGAUGGUAUUGGUGCAAUGAGAAGACCAGAUUGUGAACUAGAUCUGGCUAGGACCUCAGGCCUGUCAUUUAACCUUCUCUGUGCCUUAGGUUUUAAGUACAAUCAGUCUGCCCUUCAAACCUCAUAAGAAAAUGAGACUCAGAAGAGAUAAUAGAUUUGAAAGUAUUGUUCAUGGUUUAUGAAGCCACACCAGUGUCACUGGUGGUCCAUUGCCUUAGACUAUUUUCUGACAUACAUCCGCAGCAUGAAUUUGCUUGUAUUGUGAAAGAAAGAAUUGUUAAAGAAGAGAAAGUUGAAAAGAAAAGAAUGAUGUGAUUGAAUAAUCAAAAAGAAAGGGGAAGAGAGAAGAGAGGAAAGAGAAGAGGAUUAAAGUGAGGAUGGCAGAAGACAGAGUAAGAGAGAAGAUGAACCGAAGAUGGGAGAACGAGAAGUAGAGAUGGAGAGAAAGGUGGUGGAAACAUUUUCUUUUGGAGCUAAUAGUCCCUACACUAGGUCACUGCCAGCUGUCCUUCAUCCUUGAGGGUCAGGAACGCUGCUGGCUACUGUGGAAGGGGCAGCAGCAGGCAGCUGUGUUUGAUUUAUUGGUACUAGAGACAUUUCUUGGUCAUGUUACUCAAUUAUUUUUUUAGAAGAAAUGAGCCAACAUUUUGUCUUUUUACUGGAUCCCAGUUUGUGAGCUAGGACUGGUGGAAACAAAUGUCUUCCAUUUCAACUUUAUGCUUUAGCCAAAUCAAAUGUUGGGUUAUGUGAGACUAGCCAUGUAUUCAGGAAAGGAAGGCCUGAAGGCACUGCUUUGUUAGGUCUGAAGGGGACCCAGGCAUGUCUUGCAACAGUUUUCCCAGGAGGCUUGAGAAUCACUGCCCUACCUUGAAUGGUAGGUUAAGCCUUAGAUGACAACUAUUCUUCAGGAGGAUGCUUUCAGUAACUGUUACAAAUGAGUCAAGAAAACAGGAAUGGUAGAGACAUAAAAUGGGAAAAUCUUAAAAAAUAUUCGUUGUCUUUUUCAGAAUAACACUGUAGUUGCAAUCAGAAUCUGAGAUGUUCUUAGAAAGACCACUGAUCUGUUGUUUUAAAAUAACUUCUUUGGUUGAUUAGAGUAAAUAGAGAAGAAAUGUAGGGUGCAAUAUGUCAGGUGUGGGGCCAGUUACCCAUUUAUUAAAUGCAAUUUCAAAUGUCUUUAAUAAUUGCCUUAUAUUUUAAUAUUUAAUAAAAAAUUUUUACUGUAAUA